CUGCGGCUGUUAAAAAACGCGAGUGAAGCCGUCCCAUCCUCCUACAUCUGAAAUGGUAAACAACGCUAUUAAAAGUCUGAAAGAACGCGGCGGAUCGUCGCUGCAGGCGAUUAAGAAAUAUAUGUCGGCCAAUUAUAAAAUCGACGCCGAGAAAAUGUCAACGUUCAUUAAAAAGUAUUUAAAGUCAGCUGUUCAAGCGGGCACACUGAUUCAAACAAAAGGCAAAGGUGCUUCGGGUUCGUUCAAACUUGCCGCGAACGCUAAACAGAGCGGCGGCGAAAGCGGUGUUUCGGCUGGAAAAGCCAGGACCGCUAAGACGCCAGCGGCAAAAGCAAAAUCGAAGACAGCAAAGUCGAAGGGCGCCGCCAAACCUGCUUCGUCCCUAAAAAGAAGUCUGCAUCCGCAGCGGGCACAUUAAAAAAGUCGUCGGCGAAACCUAAGACGACAGUCGAUAAGAAGAAGACCAUUCAGGGUAAGUCGACGAAAGCCUCAUCGGCCAAG